AUGGCAAGCAACAACAAUGAAUUCAUCAUUGAAAUGGCUGAACUCUUUCGACAGAACCAUCCGUCUUCAGCUAAUGGUGAAAAGCAUCUAAACCAUCAACUAACUGAAAAUGACGCUAAAGAAUUCACUCUUCUUGAAAAAUGUGUUUUCAUUAUUUUUGGAGUUUUCAUCGGCGCCUUGCUAGCGUUGAUAUCCAAAAUUGUCUAUUUGGUGUUACCAGAGGUGGUGGAUGUGAUGCAAUUCACGGGCUCUGACUAUACUUUGCCGGUGGUACAGGCCAGUUACAAUCUGCCGCAGAACAAUCUCGGUUGA